GCUCGUAUAGAGGCCAGGCGCGAGGAAAACUCUGCUUAUCGAUUACGCACGUAACACAUUUUCCAGCGGCCGAAAAACCACACAAAUUUUCCUCAAAAUUUAAAUUUCUGCUGCCGAAUGAUAAUGGAGAUGAUAAUGAGGCUGUAACUGGGCCACAAGAGCAGACCGAAGGAAGUGUCAGUCAAGAGCGGAAAUAAGGCAGCUAGAGAGAAACGGGGGAUUCCCAGGAGGAGGAGGAGGAGAAGGACACCAACCAGCAGACACCAUCCGAGUUCAAGGAACUAACAAACAAUGAAUCCCUACACAGCGGGCGGGGGAGGAGCAGGAGGCGCCAAUCCCUUUGGAGCACCAGCCACGGGAGCAGGCUAUGGACAGCAGGGUUACGGCUAUGAGCAGCAGGCAACAGGUGGUUAUGACCAGGGCAUGAACUAUGGCGAUCAGCAUCAACAGCAGGCAGCUGGAUACGGUCCACCCGGGGCCAGACCACGCGUAGAUGUGGAGGCCAGUGGCGAAGUGGAUCCCAAUUUAUAUCCGGAGGCUAAGGACUCAACGCACAAAGUACGCGGCCACUCGGACAUCCUGGAGAUGUUCUUUGGGGCGAGCACGGAACGCGAGCUGAUUCCCGUUAAGAGCUUUUACUUCUUCUUCUACGCCGCCUUCGGUUCUCUGUUUCCGCUGAUGGGAGUAUACUUCAAGCAGAUGGGCAUGAAUCCAGGCCAGUGCGGCAUCCUGGUGGGCAUGCGUCCCUUCGUCGAGUUCCUCUCGGCCCCCUUUUGGGGCUCCUAUGCUGAUCGCUGUCGGCAGGGCAAGCGGCUGCUGCUGGGCUCCCUGGCCUGCUGGGUCCUCUUCACCAUCCCACUGAGCUUCAUCCGGCCGGAGGCCAUCAAUUGUAUCGAGCGGCGUAAUGCCACGGACUUUGUGCUGACCUACACCCGCACCAAGCGAGAUCUAUCUUCUAUGUACGAGCCGGAGCCGGAGCGAAUGGAUCAGCUGAUGGGCACAAUGCCGGCGGAAGAGGCUCUUGAGGAAGCGGAGGCUGCUCAUAGUCGGCACAAGAGAUCGCUGCUGCUGCCCAGGAUCGAUGCGGGCAUUUCGCCAGUGCACAUUAACUUUGUGAGCAACUACGACGACAAAUACCACAGGGACUACGUGACGCCCAUCUUCAGCUCAAUGGUCUACAGGACACCGGACAUCCAAAAGGCCUUCUUCCUGCUGCUGCUGGUGAUCCUGAUCGGCGAAUUCUUCAGCGCUCCGGCAAUCACUUUGGCCGACUCUGCGGUGAUAACCCUGCUGGGGGAGGAUGCGGACAAGUACGGACAUCAGCGGAUGUUUGGCUCCCUGGGCUGGGGCAUCUCCAUGUUCCUGGUGGGCAUUGCUCUGGAUCACUCCACCUCGUUCUCAAACCAUCCUUGCGGGGCGCAGAACAAGGAGAAGAACUACAACAUCUGCUUUUCCAUUUUCUCCGUGCUUAUGACCUGUGCGAUUAUAUCCGCCUCAAAGAUCACCUUCAAGUACGAUCCCAUCGAUGAGCAGCAGGCGGCCCAACAGGCGGCGGCACAGUUCGUGGAUCCUGGAAAGAGGGCCGAGGACGAGUCGAUGAACCAACUGGCCGCCCAGCUGAAUCUGCCAUCGCUGGCAGUGGGUAGCGGCAGUGCCGCCUCGGGUGCCUGUGCCGGUGGCGUGAGUAGCUUCCUGGCCGCCGGCCAUCAGCCGCAGCCCCACAUUGGCGCCGAGUCCAAGGUGUUUGCGCAGACGGCGAAAGAGUUGCCCGAAUGGAUGACCGUGCUGACCCAUUUCAAGGACCUGAAGACCGCCUCCUUUCUGUUUGUGGCCUGGUUCAUGGGCUUCGGCAUCGGGCUGAUCUUCACCUUUCUGUUCUGGCAUCUGCAGGACUAUGGCGGCACUCCCACGCUCUUUGGCGUGGCCUCCGUGAUCAACCAUGUGUCCGAGAUCUUUGCCUACUUCUUCAGCUUCCGUCUGAUCACCCAGAUCGGCCAUGUCAAGGUCCUGUGUCUGGGCCUAAUUGGCAAUGUCCUGCGCUUCCUUUAUAUCUCUUAUCUGACCAAUCCGUGGAUGGUGCUGCCCUUCGAACUGAUGCAGGGCAUCACCCAUGCGGCCGUGUGGGCAGCCUCCUGCUCCUACAUUGCCCACAACACGCCCAAGCAUCUGAGGGCCUCGGCCCAGGGCGUACUCCAGGGCAUCCACCAUGGAUUGGGACGCGGCUGCGGCGCCAUAAUCGGUGGCAUGUUCGUCACCUACUACGGUACUACUGCUACCUUCCGCUGGUACGGCAUCGCCUGCCUCUUUGUCCUCGGCUUCUUCAUCUUUGUCAACUUUUAUCGCAAGGAGCAAGGCUUCAUCUCGGAGAUUCCGGUCACCGAGGAUCCGCAUCAGGUGGCCGAGGAGACCUCGCACUUGGCUCCGCAUGGCGUUCCCAGCAAUCCCAUUCCCCGGGCUCUGUCCAACUCGCGCCUGAACGAAAUGAAUCCGAAUGGAGGACCCUAUGGCACAUACCAGACCACUGGCGGCAACCUGGAUAUUCCCGGCGCUAACCAGCACAAUCCGUUUGCCCAGUAAGCUGUCACGGAUCCUCUCAAGAAAUCGGUCAGACAGGCCAUCAUCUCGUUACUCACAAAACUAACAAAAGAAAUGAAAAUGAAAAACUAAAACGAACAAAGUAUAACCGCAAACAUAUCUUGGACAUUGGCCUGCAAUAUGAAUUGCAUAACUGCAUUGCUUUAAUUUGAUUUGUUGAUCUACACAUAUAGCAUAUAGCAUAUACAUAUACACAUAUAAUAUAUUUUAUAUAGGACAUGCAACAUGCCACAUGCCACAUUCAACAUAGCCAGCAUAAAGAUUCCAUAUGAUUUAGAUUGAUUUUACAUGUAUUAGAGAGAAGGAGGAAAUCGAAACGAAUUUUCACAUAGCAGCUUAGCAAUAAACAUAGUGCAAUAUAGAUAUGUACAUGUAUAUAUAUAUAUAUAUAUUGUGCGGAUCUAUAAUAUUUAUAGGCCUUUUUAUAGAUUUGUUGCAAGGCAUUAUUCUAAGUUCUCAAGCCCACUUUUGGGCGCUCACCAAGCCAGAUCGAUCACACAUACGCCCGGGUAGCCCCCGAAAAUCACAAAAACAUAAAGUACCUAUACUAAAACAAAAUACGCAGAGAUUGAAAUCAUUAAACAAAAAAUAUAAAUAAAAAAAACAUGUGAAUACGGAGCGCCUUUCAAGGCUAUAAGACAUUGGGAAGCAGCGAAAGCUGCUUCGUUUAGCCGCUGUUGAUUAUGAAUAUAAUGUUCACCAAACUAAUUUAGAUUAUCCUUUGUCUUAUGGGCUUGAAACGCACCGUAUGUGAAGAAGUUUAGGGGAAAAUUAAUAUUCUUGGUUUCAAAUACUUUCCAAAUUCAAGAAUGUCCGUUUUCCUUUAGAAUGUUCAGUAGAAAGUUGAUUUAAUUUACCUUUAAGAAACGUUAUUUACGAAUAUUAAUUCCCAAAAAUGUUCUAUGCAAUAUUAUGAUGAAGAAAUAAAAUCAAGCAAGUUAAAGGAAUAUUAUAAAAUAUAAAUGUAGUUGCAUUGACAAAAAAAGAAGACAUUUAGAUAAAAAUAAUACAAUAAACUAGCAACUGAAGAUAAGAAGAGAAAACAAGUAAAAACCAAAGGAUAAACAAAUGUUGUAACGAAUGAUAUUAUGGAAAUCCGCCUCAUUGCAAUCAAGUGUUGAAUAUUUUAAUUUUUACACAAAUAUACGAGUACUAAACAUACAUAUUUUGAAAUACCUAAAGAGAAACCUAUAACAUAGAGAAGUAUAUAUAGUAUAUGGAAGAAGACGCACCAAACGGAAAAAUAUGGAAAAGCAAACUACACUAAACUGUAUCUGUACCUAAGAGAUAUUUUUCCUGAUUUCAGCUCGACGAUAAUGUAAGCUAAUCUCUCGCUCGAUAUACAUAAAAUACAUUGAAUGAAGGAAGCAUUAAAGUAUAAAUACUAUAUAUUGUUGAUAGCAAAUUUGAUUGGCAUUGGAUAUUUUCUUGUAACGAUACGCUAGUUCUCGUGUACAGCACCGUACUUAUAUAUAUAUAUAUUAUAUUUGUGGAGAUUUUUCGGAUAGACUAACCUUAGUAUUAUGCAUUCUGUACAACUGCACUCACAGUUAUGUUUGUUGAGCCGAUAUUAAAUGAAACUCUCUCUCUCUAUAUAAACAUAUAUAUAUUUAAAUGGAAUAUAGAUACUCGUAUAGGGUAUACACACUUAUAUAUGAAUGUACAAGUAUUAUACACAAUGCGCAUACAUAUGAUACAAAAGGAUACAAUACCCGAUACCCCAAUACCCCUAAAACCAUAUAAAACAAGAACAAGAAACCCUGAAUGGCAAGUGAACGCAAGAAAUCAUGUAAUUAUGUAUGUUUAAUAAAACGUUUAACUACCGAGUGAAGUCUAAAGACAAAGGCACAACUUAU